CGCGGUUCUUUGAAUGAACGCGCACAGAAGCGCAAAAUCUGUAAUUGACUGCCUUGAGAGAGAAUCCACUUAGGACCAAAGCUGCAAAUUUGGACGGAGUUCACAAUACGAAGUAUGAGAUCUCAAAUACGUUUCCCAGCAAGAACAUACCCAGUAGCACAUGCAGACCGGGCCGACCGAAGUGAAAGCGGAGGUUCCGAUCAUGGGAGCCUCAUCGCCUCUCGGUAGUUUGAUGCUGCACCGCCAGGACUUCAUCGACAUGAAUCAAGGUGUACUAGUCCAUCUCUCCCUCGGCUCUUACUGCCUCCUACUAAUGCAUGUCCAAUGCUCAGAGUUGCACGAAUACGACGAAAUGCGCGAGAAGAUCAUCAAGCGGUCACGAGAGAUCCUCAAGUCCAGCAAGCAGGCGAUCUUCGCAUUGCAUCGAUCGGACACAGCGGAGGCAUUGCGGAUGCUGGGCGACGCUGAGAAGGUGAUACCGGAGCUGGUGGCGCUGACGGAGAAAAAUCCAUCGCUACGGGACGGAGCGUUGUCAUCCUCUCUGGAGGAAUAUGUAGAGGCCAAAUGUUUUUGGUACUACCUUGACACGAAGCGUCUGCUGCCACGUCGGGAGGUGCCAAUCGUGCUCAAGAAUGAGUACCUCGGCGGUGUCGUCGACUUCACCGGUGAACUGAUGCGGUAUGCAGUUGUGAAGGCCACCGCGAGGGAGGUGGACGAGGUUAAGCGAUGCAAGGAUAUGGUGGAAGCCAUUUCUGGGGAGCUUAUCCAGUUCGACUUCAGGAACGGCCCUCUGCGUCGCAAGUUCGACUCGGUCAAGUACAACCUGCGCAAGUUGGAGAACACGUUGUACGAGCUAUCGUUGGUCACGAACUCGGGUCUGAAGUUCCAGACGCACUCGAUGCAAGAAACACCUGCGACAUCGACUCGAGAUAAUGGAGAAUAACCGUGGCAAAAGGGGUCUGUUGAUGAGGCCAACAGCCGAUGUCAGGAGGAAAAGAAUUCAAAUGCCAGUGGCUGACAUUCAUAAGUACUGGAACAAAUUCUGGACUGGAAGACAUUGAAGACCUGUGGUGAUGAAGAAUGUCAAGGAGAACAAGUGUCGUAUAGUCCCUCUGUUUAGUUUUGAGCUGUAGGUACUAUCAAGUUGUCGUAGUGGUCGAGGAUUCUGCCUGAUAGCUUGUCGAGGUCUCUUUCACCUUCCGAGGUUUCUUGGCGAUGCGAUACUUACGUGAGAAGAAAUGCCCCGACAAGAUUUUCCUCCACCCUGCCUUGUGGCUUUUUACAACACGCCCACCGCCGUUUUCGACCAGCGUCAGCAACCGCGCAGCUUCCAGAGGAUCUUUCCCAGCAGCCUCAAGCGCGUGCUGAAGAGUGAAAUGCUCGGCGCAGUACGAUAAUCCAGGAAUGUCGAGAACAAUCGCACGGUGUCGACACUGCGAGACAGCACAAUUCUUCUUCCCGUCAGGUGCGUCCGCCGGUGAACGCUUCUUCUUU